UUAUCAAAUUGGGCGCUUGAAUAUGUGACUGUAAGUCUGUUCACGAUGGGUAAAUCAAGCAGUAUCCUCUUUAUUGUUGUAUUCGCGCUUGCAUUACAUUUGGAACGAUGGCGGCCAACGCUGGCCAUAUCAGCUACGCUCAUUGCAUUCGGUUUGCUUCUUUUCACUUGGAGGUCUUCGCAGUUUGAACUGCAUGGCUUGUUGUUAAUUGAGUUAGCUGCGGCAUGCACGGGAUUGCGCUGGACUAUUUCGCAAAUUGUGAUGCAGGGCGAAGAGAAACAACUCCGACAUCCGCUUGAUAUGGUAGUGCAUGUGCAACCGUGGAUGUUCGUCGCUAUCCUUCCUCUUCUUUUUCUGUAUGAAGGUAAUUCUGUAUUUUAA